AUGGAACAGUCUUUGUCGCUAAUAUCAGCUCAGGUGCAGUUCAUGGAAGAUCGACUGGCCCUGGUGCAUAUUCCUCUGGAUCUGUACCCAUAUUUUCUGAAUCCAAUCUUGCAGGUUCUCUUCCAUGAAGUCCCUCCCAUCACCGAGACCCAGCAAGAGUCUCGCGGUUGCGAUAGCCCUCAAGAGUUUCUCAACCAUGCUCAGCCGGCUUUCUUGAAUCUGUCUCUUACCCCAGUGGAGUGUUCCGUCAUGUGUCCUAGGCAGCUCGCGGACGAGUACUUCGCUCCUUUAGUGGAACGAUUCGUUCAGGUCAGCUCGUCGACUCAAAGUCGUCUGUCCAUCAGCAAAGAUGAUUUCAUCGCCAUGCAGGUCUAUGGGGAAGGCCUGGAGGCUGGCCAACGGGUUCUAGAACUCACAACGCCUCUGGCCAUGGCAGGAAUCUCCAUUUUCUUCAUUUCCACUUAUUUUGCCGACUACAUCAUUGUCCCCCUCAAAAGCAAGACCCAGGUCAUCGAAACCCUCGAAAAACGGGGUUUCCAAUUUGAAAUAUCGACGGAGGCGUUCAUCAAUAGUAACCAACCGGCCCUGCACAGUAGCGUUAGCUCUCUUUCUUCGCUGUCGGCAAGUUCCUUGAGUUCUCCACCGGCCACACCUCCCCCGUCGUCUCUCAAUGAGCUACAGAAGCGAACAUUCUCAUCUCUCCGCCGAAACAACAUCACGCCCUUUGUCGACACAUCGCUCCGUUUGGUUCAAUGUGCAGCCCAUCAUCGCUACAGUAGCGAUGCUAGCUCCAUUGCUAUUCUUCGGGAUGCCCUUACUACCGCCCUAGUAGUAGAUAAGCCUCGUUUUCUCUCCCUUACCCUGACAGCUGCGGAUCCUGCGGCCUCUCUUUUACUCGAGCAACGCCUCUUGCCUCGUUUCUCCAGCGACCCCGCCACCGCCGAAGCAGAUGAAGAAUCCAGCCUCCUCCUGGGUUCAAAAGAGGACGUUUUAGUUCCCAUUGUGCUAGAUCUGCGGAAUCUUCCUUUGGAAGCCACGGGGAUCGUUUGUGGAGUCGCCAGUCGCCUGGCCGAUGCUACACACGCUCGGGAUGACGAUGGUCCUGCCUCAUCCACGACACUUUCUCCACCUUCCAAUGGCCUCGACAGUUUCGACCAUUCGCCAAAGGAGAUUUAUUCCUCUUCUGAAUCUCACAGGCUGUCAAAAGCAUCUAGUCACAGCCCCGGGCGCAAGACCAACGGUCACAACCCGCCUACCCACCAUCUCAAGCCAGACUUGGACGCCUUCUUCGAUGCCGUCGAGAUCAGUUUCCUCAGCACAGCGCGUGCAGGCACCAUCGUUGUCGGAGAACACGAACUCCACCGGGCAAUGGACGCUCUCGAAGCUGAAAGUCAAGAGCCGGAGAAGGCAAUCGAGGCCCUUGAAAUCUAA